GCAGCGCUGGAGGACGAUGGUGGCGGAGCCACUGGGGGCGGAGGCUACGUAGCCCCUGCGGAAAAGGAGCCUGGUGGCGGCGAAGGCGCCGGAGCCCAGCCGAGCCGAGCCCUGGCUGAGGAUGGAGAACCGGCCUGGGUCUUUCCAGUACGUCCCGGUGCAGUUGCAAGGAGGGGCGCCUUGGGGCUUCACCCUGAAGGGGGGUCUGGAGCACUGCGAACCGCUCACAGUGUCUAAGAUCGAAGAUGGAGGCAAGGCAGCCUUGUCCCAGAAGAUGAGGACUGGUGAUGAGCUGGUGAAUAUUAAUGGCACUCCAUUGUAUGGCUCCCGCCAAGAGGCCCUGAUCCUCAUCAAAGGCUCUUUUCGGAUCCUCAAGCUGAUUGUGAGGAGGAGAAACGCCCCUGUCAGUAGGCCGCACUCAUGGCAUGUGGCCAAGCUGCUGGAGGGAUGCCCUGAAGUGGCCACCACCAUGCAUUUCCCUUCUGAAGCCUUCAGCUUAUCCUGGCAUUCUGGUUGCAACGCAAGUGACGUGUGUGUGCAGUGGUGUCCCCUGUCCCGGCACUGUAGCACUGAGAAGAGCAGCUCCAUUGGCAGCAUGGAGAGCCUAGAACAACCAGGCCAAGCCUCCUAUGAGGGCCACCUUUUACCCAUUGACCAGAACAUGUACCCUAACCAGCGAGAUUCAGCUUACAGCUCCUUCUCGGCCAGCUCAAAUGCCUCUGACUGUGCUCUUUCUAUCAGGCCAGAGGAGCCAGUCUCUGCAGACUGUAUCACGCAAAGCCCAGGGCCAAGUAAAGCUCCUAAUGACCGAUCUAAUGUGUCUGAGACCUCAGGAAGUAGCCAACGCACCAAUGGGGGCCACCUGACUCCCAGUUCUCAGCUGUCAUCCCGCCCACAGGAAGGUCAUCACUCAGGGUCUUCCAAAGUGGUGAGAGGUCCACCACAACCUCCAGUGAGGCGGGAUAGCCUUCAGGCUUCCAGAGCCCAACUCUUCAAUGGAGAGCAGCGCAGGGCUUCUGAGCCUGUAGACUCCUUGCUGCUGAAGGAGAAAGCAAGCUUAGAGACAGUACUGUCCCCAAGGAACCCUAACCAACUCCACUGCCUCAGCAGGCAAGAUCAAGUGACAGGUGAAGGCCAUCAGAACUGUGAGCUCAGCCAGACUCCUGAAUCUAGCGAGCAGGACUCUGAGCAUCUAUUGAUGGAGGCUUCCCCAAAAGCCUGUGACCAAACUUCCAGCAGAGAUCCCAGCCUGCGCAAUGAGAGGUCAGCAGAACUUGCUGACACCUCUCCCUUGAGGGGCCUACCAAACCUUACAGGACUCACAGGGCAUCGCCACAGUGCCCCUGAACAGCUUCUGGCAGCCCACCUGCAGCAUGUACACUUUGAUCGCAGGGGCAGCAAGGGGACAGAGCUAGCAACUGAGCAGGAUGAGCAUAAGUGGACUCUGUCCCCUUUGCACAGCAGCCAAAAAGGGAAAAACGGUCCAUGUGGCUCAAUAGGAGAAGCCUAUGACCAGCCCAGUAAAGAAAGAAAGACAAAGCCAAUGGAUGAUAAGCCUUUGGAUUCAGAACCCCAGAGCCAAAGCAGUUCUUCACAUGGAGAGGCUGAUGGACAUGGUCCAGAAAGAGAUUUCCUGGACCCCAGCAGAACAGGCAAUGGAAUGGCCAGCCAGCAGCUCUCUGCCUCUGGCUCUCUCACUCAACAAACCAGAGACUGCUCUUCAACCACUAAAGGAGCUGGUAGCAUCAGGGCAAGUGAAGAAAGGGACAGUGAGCCCAAGGAGAGUGGGAGAACAGGAGGUAAGAAGAGUGGAGCUCACCGUGGCCGCUCAAUCCAGAACCGGAGGAAGAGUGAGCGUUUUGCUACCAACCUUAGGAAUGAAAUUCAGAGGAGGAAAGCCCAGCUCCAGAAAAGCAAGAGCCCCUUGUCACAGUUGUGUGACACUAAGGAGCCAGUGGAAGAGACCCAGGAGUCACCACAAAGUCCUCCACUCCCUGCCUCUAACUCAUCUCUUCUAUCUUCAUAUAAAAAACCUCCUAGUCCUAGAGAGAAACUCUUCAACAGAAGCAUGAUGCUCAAGGCUAGAUCUUCAGAAUGCCUCAGCCAAGCCCCUGAGAGCCACGAGUCUAGGCUAAGCUUAGAGGAACGAGUAAGCCCUAGCCAAAGGCCUGGCCAGUCUUCCUCGGGCCUGAACACCUGGUGGAAAGCACCUGACUUAUCUCCCUCAGACUCUGAGAAAGCAAAUGCUCACUGUGGGGUCCGUGGUGGUCACUGGAGAUGGUCUCCAGAGCAUAACUCACAGGCACAUGUGGCACUCACCAUGGAAGGCCCUUCCAGCCCAAGUGACAACAAAGAAUUGAAGGUUACUACUGCCCAAGCUGGGGAGGAAGCCAUCCUUCUGCCCUUUGCAGAUAGAAGAAAUUUCUUUGAAGAGAGUAGCAAAUCCUUAUCUACAUCUCAUUUGCCAGGUUUAACCACUCAUGGGAACAAGACUUUUACUCAGAGACCCAAACCUUUAGAUCAAAACUUCCAGUCAAUGAGCUCCAGCUACAGGGAAUUGAGGCGCCAUCCCAUGGACCAAUCAUAUCAUCCCACAGAUCAACCAUAUCAUGCCACAGACCAAUCAUAUCAUUCCAUGUCAUCUCUUCAGUCAGAAACUCCUGCAUACUCAGAAUGCUUUGCAAGCAAAAGUCUAGAAAAUACAAUGUGUUGCAAGCCACUGUGCUGUGGUGAUUUUGAUUACCACAGAACCUGUUCCUACUCCUGCAGUGUCCAGGGAGCUGUUGUUCAUGACCCUUGCAUUUAUUGUUCUGGAGAACUAUGUCCUGCCUUGCUAAAGAGAAAUAUGAUGCCUAACUGCUACAAUUGCAGGUGCCACCACCACCAGUGCAUUCGGUGUGCAUCUUGCUAUCAUAAUUCUCAGCACAGUACCCAUGAGGAUGGCAGCUUGCCACCUGGCAAUGCUUGGAAGCCCCGGAAGCCAACAGUGCAGGAAUUUCCUGGGGACAAAUGGAAACCAAUAACAGGAAAUAGGAAGACUAGCCAGUCGGGGAGAGAAAUGGCUCAUUCUAAGGGAAGCCUUUCGUGGACGAACCCCUUCCAUCCCUGCCUUGAGAACCCAGCACUGGACUUCUCAAGCCACCGAGCAGUUUCUUCCCUUGACCUUCUAGGAGACUUCAAACAUUCCUUGAAGACAGCAGAAGAAACUUCUGUGUAUGAGGAGGACAGCCAUCUGGCCUCCAUGCCCCGCCCACUGCGCAGCCGAGCCUUCUCUGAAAGUCACAUCAGCUUGGAGCCCCAAGGUGCCCGGGCUUGGGGUCAGCAUCGCAAAGAGCCCUUUCCCAAAGCUGAUGAGACUCAGCCAGAUCCUCUAGGAGCCAGGAAGAAACCUUUUCCUCCUCCUCGCCCUCCUCCUCCCAACUGGGAGAAGUACAGGCUCUUCCGGGCAGCCCAGCAACAGAAGCAACAGAAGCAGCAGCAGAUGCAGAUGCAACUACAGCAGCAAGAAGAGGAGGAGGAGGAAGAGGAAGAAGAAGGAGGAAGAGAGGCGGGAGAAGAGGAGGAGGAGCUGCCUCCCCAGUAUUUCAGUUCAGAAACCACUGGCUUGUGUGCUGUCAAUCGCGAAGAAGCCCUGGAACAGCCAAAAUCCCUGCGGCUUGGCGACCUGGAGACCUCAAGACGGGGUUCCCAAAGCUUCCCAGAGUCAGAGUCCUAUGCUCCUCAUUCCAGCAAUCUCCUGCCUCCAGUAAGGGGCCACUCAGGAUCUCAACCUGAGCAGGCCCACCCUCCUUGCUAUUAUGGCGCUGGUGGACUAUGGAAGGCAUCAGAGAAAGAAGCCAUGAAUUCCUCUAAGCCUGAAGCUUCAAUGGCAGAAGAAACCAAAUCCAAGCCAGCAUGGAACCAGAAUUACUUCUUUCCUGGAGAGAAAUUCUCUUGCACAGGCUGGAGCCCUGAGAAGCAGCACCUUGGCUCCACUGGCUUCAGUGAGCCCAAGACAACCAGACAAGACUUUCAGCACUUCUCGCCUCCUCUAGGAGCCCCGGGGAUCCCAACCUCUUAUUCUGCUUAUUACAAUAUUUCUGUAGCCAAGGCAGAGCUGCUGAACAAGUUAAAAGACCAACCUGAAAUGGCAGAGAUAGGCCUGGGAGAAGAGGAAGUUGACCAUGAACUAGCUCAAAAAAAGAUACAGCUUAUUGAAAGCAUUGGCCGAAAACUCUCUGUCCUGCGGGAGGCCCAGCGAGGUCUAAUGGAGGAUAUCAAUGGGAAUUCUGCCCUUGGAGAGGAGGUGGAGACCAACUUAAAAGCUGUCUGCAAAUCUAAUGAGUUUGAAAAAUACCGCUUGUUUAUUGGGGACCUAGACAAAGUGGUCAAUCUGUUGCUGUCACUCUCUGGACGACUGGCACGGGUGGAGAAUGCUCUCAACAGUAUUGAUUCAGGAGCCAACCAGGAAAAGCUGGUGCUGAUUGAGAAGAAGCAGCAGCUGACGAGCCAGUUGGCAGAUGCCAAGGAGUUGAAGGAACAUGUGGACCGCCGGGAGAAGUUGGUGUUUGGCAUGGUCUCACGAUACCUGCCUCAGGAUCAGCUUCAAGAUUACCAGCAUUUUGUCAAGAUGAAAUCAGCUCUCAUCAUUGAACAGAGAGAGCUGGAGGAGAAGAUCAAACUUGGGGAAGAGCAGCUCAAAUGUCUCAGGGAGAGCCUACUCCUGGGGCCUAGCAAUUUCUAGUCCAACCAGCAGGCUGCCAUAGCAUCCCAGUGGGAAAUGCUUUCAAUCUUCUGUCCAGCUAUGUUAGCAAGUACAUAGCAGUUAGAUUGUUCCAGCCCUCUACUUUGGAUGUCUCGCAUGGUCUUUUUCCUAGCAUUGCCCCCAAAGAGCUAGGAGACCUUGGAGAGGCACCAAGCUUCUACGCAAGGUAGCUGCUGCCUUGUGUGAUCACUCAGCCACACUUUCCCACAGUAAUGUGGGCCAGCAUUUGCUGCCCACGGAACCAACCAAGUGCCUUUAUUUUUCUCUGUAUGAGGACACCAAAGACAUCAUGAACUUACCGCCCACCCACACCAUAAUCAGCUGCUUUCAGGCUCAGAGAGUAACUGCCUGUGCAGCUUCUGCUGCACCAGGGAGUCAUGACCGCACUGUUAGCCACAGACAACCAGCUGACUUGUGGGCAUUCACCUACCAGCAUUUCAGGGCCUCAUCCAAGCUUUGCAAGGGGACUGCAUGGAACAGAAUACAAACAAAAUUGAGGUAUCACCAGGUGAAGUGGCCAGGGGUAAAUUGGUUCCAGUUCUACCUUUCCCCAGCAGCUAGUUGAAGAGAGCCCUGGCUGGGGUCUUGUUUCUCCUUCUGUCCUUGUAUGGCAUCACUUGGAGUUACAAGCAUGUCCUCCAUGGUUGCACACUAGGAACCUUUACUAGCUCAACUACAGUUGACUUCUGGAUAUAGGUUUCUUUUGGAGGAUGGGAGUGGGGAGGGCUCUUAUUAUUAUAUUUGAAAUGGCAUCUCAAUUUUUAUUUAUUUUUAUGUUUUGAUUGUUUUUGUUCUGUUUUGGUUUUUUUUUUCUUUUUAAACUAAUAUGGCAAGAAGAGGGAAGUUGGAGAGGGAAAAGUUAGCCCAGAAGGAAAGUGUUAUCUGUAGUUUAGCCUCAAUCCACCCUGUCUUAGGUAAGCAAGUGCCAAGGCAUUAAAUUCUUCCCACCAUAACCACACGUGUCUUAAGAAAGGAGUUUUCCUAUUGAACUGGCUCUGUACCUCUUGAAAUCUGAGUGACCAUGAGAUUAGCAUUCCUGAGCAAAGUUCAACUUUUUUUCCAAAGUAUUUUUUGAAACCAAAGAAAUCUAAAACUGACAACGGUCACUCCUUUCUCUACUGUCUCCAAACCAUGGGAUGAGUUGGAAGCAAACUCAGGAGGUCCUCUUCUAACAACAAACUGGUUUCUCAGCCUGUGGCCUGGAUCAUGGAACUAAAAUUAUGAUGGUUGGGAAUUAUAGCCAGGGCCAGACCUGAGAGAAAAUGAUGAGCCAGCUAUUAGACCCUCUUAUCCUCAGGGGGUAUAUUUAAAGACCUUCCACUGGAUGCCUGAACCAAACCUUAUACUUACCACCACAACACUCAAUCUGACAACUGAGAGGGUUGCUAAAUGGUUAAUGGGAGGAUACCCCAAACAGCAAGUAUACACUGAACAAAGGGAUGACUCAUGUUUUACAAUUCAUGUUCAAAUUUGUUUCUAGGAUAGAGCAAGAUAGGGUCAAAUUUCAUCACACUACUCAUAAAGGAACACAAUUUAAAGCGUAUACAUUGCUUAUCCAUUUAAUAUUUUUACAUCAUGGUUUAUCACCACAGGUAACUGAAACCAUGGAAAGAUGAGGUGUGUGUGUGCGGGGGGUGGAUUACUGUACAAAUAACUAAAGCUGCUGCUAUUUCCUAGACCCUGACACUAGUAACCAGCUUCUAUCCUGGAAAAGCACUCAGGUGGGCAAUGGCAGGAGGGGAUUGUAACCAAACUCUCUUCUGUUUUCUAGCUUAAUUUCUUGUUUCUUGCUGAAGUGGGGCCUGUUCUUAGUGUUAUACAACCCAUCUAAAUCCAGCAUGGCCAAGCCCCACUCCAGUAUCUCUUCUUGUUACUGCUAAGUUCCUCGGGGUCCUUGCAGGUUCACUGUAGUAGCAGGGGGACCUUAUUCAAACCAAAGAAUUUGUCAAGGAACUUUGCUGCUGCUACAAAUACUGAUCACUAGCUUCCAUUUCCUCUACAUUGUGUCUGAAAACAAUAG